GCUAAAAGGAAAGCGAUAAAAACAAAGAAUCCUCAAGACUGUGGUAAUUACAGAAAGCUCCGAAAUCGAAUCAAUAAUAAAGUGAAAACCACAAAGGCAUCCUAUUAUCACAAUAGUUUCAUUCAAUCCAAAGGAAAUUCUCAAAGGACUUGGAAAACUAUUAACAACCGCAUGUCUCGUCGUCAGAACAAUCAGAUAGUAAAGGAUGUGAAAGUAUGUGUCAUAUCUAUCUGUAACUUUAACGAGAUUUCCAACGCCUUUUAACGAACACUUUUCAACUAUUGGGCCCAGGCUAGCCCGUGACAUAUCCUCAACUUCGGACGAGGAGUCUAUUUAUUUAGAAAAUAUUACUUAA